CAGCUACGUGGUGUGUGACGGGUGCAGCAGAUGGCGCUACUGCAAGAACAUCACCAGCAGGGGCGACCUCUGCAUCUGCGGCAAGAAUCUCGCCUGCCUCGUCCCUGACGGGCACGUCUUCCGUGACGAGGAUGGUGGGUGGGUGGCAGCACAGCCCCAAGGAGGAACCUCGCCCAGGAUCAGCUGGGCAGAUGGUUGGCAGCCAGGAGCUGGUGCAGGCGGGAAAGGGCAAGGAGGCCAACGCCAGCCACCACCUCACGACAAGACCGCCGAUCUCAAGGCCGCAGCUGCAGCAGCAUACGGCAAGCUCAGCAAGGACGACCCGCUCAAGCAGCACUACGAGGCCCUCUGGCCAGAGCUCGCCGCAGCCAAGCCACCAGCAGAUCAACCAGUCGUUGGAUUCAAGGCAGUGGAGGCAGCAGCUCGACGCUUGGACAAACUCCAGAAGAAGGUACGAUCGGCAGGGGGGCAAGUGGAGAGUGCCCAGCAGUACUUGGCUGAGAGUGAACGCAAGCUUCGUGAAGCUAUGGAAGCAUCCAUUGCAGCAGAAGAUGAGUUCGACAAGCUCAAGGCCACAGUCGGCAAGCAAGAGGUACCAGCCGAACCCGCAGCUGAGAAGCCAACGCUGGCAGCCCUCCUGGAGCAGUUCGAGCACGAGCCUGACGACUUCCACAAGUGGUCCGAGCCAGACAAGGAGGUCUGGCGAGCUGCAAAGGCCAAGGGUGAGCGCAUGGCCCAGACGGUCAAGGAGCACGAGGAGGAGACGGCGAAGCACCUGCGACUUCUGGAGGAAGAGACGGCCAGGCACCAAGAGCAGCUGCGCCAGCUCGAGCAGGCAAGCGGGUCUGCGCUGCCAGCCCAGCCCCUCAGCGAGGAGCCACCACAGGCGCUGAGGCAGCAGGGUCAGCUGCUGCGGCUGCGCCUAACGGCGCCGCGGCAGCUGCCCAACCAGAAGCAGGUGCAGCUGAACAUGACAAAGCAGAGGAACGCCGAGCUAGAGUGGAGGCCCACAUCCAGGAGGCGCGAGAGAAGGUCUCGCAGGCCAGGCGCGCCGAGACAGUCGUCGACGCAGAAGGGCAAGGUGACCACUCAGCAGGGUAGCCGCCCCAAGGCGAGCACGAAGAAGGCUCGCCGCCCUUACCACAUCGACUUCUUCAAUGUCACGACCUGGGGCCCCCAGGCACAGGGCUACCUCGUGGAGAUCAACGACACCAAGGACAGGGACAUCAUCGGCAUCGCGGAGCACCACCUCCGCCAGCCUGCGCAGAUAGGCAAGGCAAGAGCGGCGCUCAGGAGGAAAGGCAUGCACAGCUACUGGACCAAGGCACGGCCAGGAGAAGGAGAAGGCACUCGUGGAGGAACGUGUGCCAUAACGCGAGGAUCCAUGGACGUCCAGGACAGGAUCGCGGGCUUCGACGAGCACUACCUGCACGAGGACGGCAGCGACGUCACGGUGGUGAUCUCCAACCUGCACAAGGUCCGCUUCGCAGUGGCCUUCGUCUACCUCGAGUGUGGGACGGGCUUCGGAGAGAGGAACGUCGACAUCCUCUGCGACCUGCGGGAAAAGAUGGCCGUCUGGGGAGGCGAAGCCAGGUGCAUCGAUUUCGCGCUGAUCUCGCAGGGCCUGGCGCCGUAUUUUGACCAGCUAGAGCUGCUCAGGACCGUGCCGUGGAAGCCGCACAUUGGCAUCCGCUUGAAGCUGAGAUGCGACCAGGAAGGAAACGACAUGGAGCCAGUGCCGCAGCUGUACUACGACAAGGAGGUCCAGCACGUCAUCCCUGACGAGCUGUGGCAGGCCACCUCCGAGAGGGUCAGCUUGCGUGUCUACGACGAGUUGCCCCAGCACUUGCAGCGCACUGUCGUCGGCAAGAUGAUGGAGCGGGACAUGCUGGAUCUGGGGCAACAGUACGACCACUUCGCUAGCACACUCGAGCUCAGCCUGUGCGAGAGCAUCGGCAUCCCAGAGGAAGAUCGAGGGCGCAACACCAUGGACAUCCAAGAUCACGACCCCUUCGAGGAUGAGGAGGAGUACUUGGAGUACCGCCAGGAGAUCGCAGACCAGGAAAACAGCGAUGGGUACCACCAGUACAUCGAGGGGCAGCAGGCCAGCCUCGAGUCCAGCCAGACCGCCCCGUGUCGAGCAGCUGGACCUGACUCUCACCCACCAGCAGGACGCAGCACCAUGGACGACCAAGACCACGACCCCUUCGAGGAAGAGGAGGACCGCUUCCAGAACCGCCAGGAGACCGCAGACCAGGAGGACUGCGAUGGGUACCACCAGCGUAUCGAGGGGCAGCUGGAUGGCAACGGCCACGGCCAGAGUCAGAACCAAGCGCCGCCAAGCCCAGAGGCAGAUGAGCAACGAGAUAUGGGCCUGCCCCCUACAGACCCCUGGAAUGAUGACCAACACCAGCGGGAGCGGGAAGACUACGUGGCCAUGAGAGACGACCUGGAGUACUGGGCGGCCAUCUGGAUGGAUAACUUGGUGCAGCUCCCCACGGACAACAGCAACUGGAUGCAGAUCUGCGUGCCGCUCCUGGAGACCAUCCUGGGAGGCGGAGGCAACAAUGGCAUGGUGAGACUGCUCAGACGAUGGCACCAGCAGGCCGGCCUCAGCCACAUCAUCACGGACCUCUGCGAGCGAGCAUGUGGCCGUCAGACGCAGCAGCAGAUCAACACAAGACAGCAGCUAGCGCAGCAGCUCAACCAGCCUGACCCAGGCAGGCUGAACGAUGAAGGCGCGGCCAAGGACCAGCAGCAGGCCCUCCUCGCAGACCUGCACGCCAUAGCAGAGGGCGCCCUCGUGGACCCAGGGACGAUCAGCAGGGUAGCAGAGGAGGUAAAGAGCAUGGCCAAGCUACUCACAAAGGCGGUGAAGAAGGCGUACAUCCACUGGGUGCAUGACGCCACGGCUGGCAGUGCGAAGAUGGCCCACGCCUACACCAAAGCAGCAGAGCGCAGCCAUCUGGAGGACAUCCUAGAGCACGAGGGCCAGGUCAUCAACCACCCGCAGCAGCUGGUGGACUUGCGCAAAGAAGCAUGGCAACGCAGGUGGACACGAGAUGCGCAGAAGGCCGAGAGGAUCCAAGAGGCGCUGGCCAAGCUGAGGCAGGCUGCCCUGGCCCAAGAGAAUGCCCUCGAGCCCAUCAGCAAGGACAUCAUAGGCUCCAUCAUACAGCACCUGAAGAGCAAUGCAGGCCAAGGAGCGGACUGGUGGAGGGCUCCAGAGCUCAAGGCCAUGGGAGCCCAGGGGCUGGAAGAUUUCGUGCAGUGCCUGACCAGCUGUGAGCAACGGGCAGCCUGGCCGUGGCAAUUCUACCUGGUGCUGGAGCUGCUGCUGGGUAAGAAGCCAGGGAUCGGGGGAGAGCGCCCCACCGGCCUCAUGCCCAUGCCGUACCGCAUCUGGAGCGCAGCCAGGAGGCCCAUAGUAGCCACCUGGAGCAAGGCAGCGGCGGGCUUCUGGGAUACGGCAGUAGCUGGCUCCUCAGCGCUACGAGUGGCAAUGCACAGACUUAUGAGGGCAGAAGCCGCCACGGAGAUGGGCUUUCAUGCAGCAGGAGUGUUCUACGACGCGGCAAACUUCUACGACAACAUAGGCCUCGACCAGCUGAUCGAGAAGGCCAGUGCCCUCCAGUGCCCGUUGCUGCCGCUGGCAAUGGCCGUGCAGAUGUACCUUGCGCCCAGGGCCAUCAUGGCCCACAGCCUCUUCUCGGACAUCUUUGAGCCUGUCAACAGCAUGGUAGCAGGCUGUGGCCAAGCGGUAGACCUCACCAGACCGCUCUUGUAUGGGAUCCUGGAUGCAGCGCACAGGCACCAUAUCUACGUCGUCAUGCAGCAGUACCUGGACGACUUGGCCCUGCAGGUGGAGGGCGCGCGGCGGCAGGUCAUUGACCAGAUCAAGCAUGUGGCGGCGCUGGUGCACGAUGGGUUCAAGCAGCUCGCGAUCCCCAUCUCAGUCAAGACGGCAGUGGUGGCCUCGGACAAGGACCUCCAGGCAGAAGUCGCCAGCAUCCUGGACAGCCUGGGCACCCCCAACCAGCAACCAGGGGUAGUGCGCGACCUCGGCGUGGACACCAGCCUUGGGAAGCAACUGCGGCGACCCACCCAUGCCGCGCGCCAGGCCAAGGCCAAGCAGAGGGUGGCCAAGCUCAGGGACCUGGCGAAGACGGACGCCAGAGGCGCGGCAAAGGUCUAUGCAGCAGGUGCCUAUUGCCAGCAGGCUUGGGACUUACCAGCGCACGGCAUCACGCCCACGGAGGCGAAGUUGGUCAGGGCAACGGAGGCAGCGCUCCUCACAGGCGGACACAAGGCUGGACGCUGCACGUCCACCAUCCUCCUGAUCCAGAGGGGUAUGCAAGAGGCAGUAACCCGAGCCAUCGGCGACCAGAUCAAGCAGUUCUGGCUCACCGUAGUCGACCACCCGACGGAGCUCAAGAGGUACCAGAGGGGCUGGCUCCUGCUCUACGCCAAGCUGGGCGCCCUGGAACCCAACCGCAGGGCGGCCAACCUCAACCAAGAAGGCGAUGACACCUGCGCGAGAUGCGGCGAGGCGAUAGAGACAGAGGAACACCGCUACUACGCCUGCCCUGCCAACGCAGAAAUAGGGCACAGCAGUGACACCGACCUGGCGAAGAAGGCGAAGGACGCGCUGGACCAGCGGCAGGACCUGCAUUGCUGGCUCCGAGGCAUCCCGCCAGCGGCCUGGGCAGCCAAGGUCGACCCAGACGAGGACGCGGCGAAGGCGGCGCAGAUCUUCUGCACCAGUGAAGAGGCGCAAGCUGCAGCCCAGCCAGGGCACAAGGAAGUGGCUGCCUGGUACGGCACAAUCAGGGCACCGCACACGGUGCCACGGGCAGAGCUCACCGCUAUGAGCAAAGCCAUCGGCUACACCACGGCGGCGACAGCCAGGGGGCUAAACAUAGUCAGCGAUUGCAAAUACGCCCUGGACGCACUCAAGCAUAUCCAGGACCCUGAGGAUCUGGACUACAGGAGCACGAACUACGACCUCUGGCUCCAGACGAAGCAGCAGCUACAGAACAGCAAGGACACCAUCAUGGGCCACCACAUCCCGAGCCACCUUAUUGAGCACCCAACAGAGCUGGAGAGGUGGAAUGGUCCCACCUGGUGGGUCAUAGGUAACGAGAUGGCGGAUAAGUACGCAGGCUGGGGGGCGGAGCACGGAGCGCUGGAUCCAGCUAUCAUCGUGCAGCAGCAGAUCAGAGACCAGAUCACCAUGGCGGUGCAGAACAGGCUGCUGGCCAUCAACAUGGCGGCGAUGGUGGAGGACCCCAACAAGGCCCCUCAGCGUCCCAAGGCCAAGCGGCGAAAGCCGCAGACGGCGAGGGACAGGGCAGCCCAGCAGGGACACGACCUGCGAAAACUACAUCCGCGAUGGUGGUGUGCAACGUGCCGCAGUGGCCCAGCCAAAGGACAAAGCAUCAGAGACUGGUUGGCAGAGACGGGAAAAUGCCUCGGGAAGUACGGCGGCCACCAGGACCAGCACGGCAACGUCGGGCUCGACUUCAAGGCGGUGCAGAUCGGCACGCAGGUGGUGCACGGCUCCCACAAGACGCAGUACACCCAUGGCUGGCCCUGGUGCGAGAAAUGUGGCGGCACUAGCUACCUUGGGGACCACAAGAGCAGGAUCGUGGCAGGAGUGGCAAGGAAGCUGGCAAGGCCAUGUCAGCCCCCAACAGCAGCAGGGAGGCGAGUCUUGGAGAAUAUGCAGAGGGGCAAGCUGCCUAGAGGAGCUAAGCCAGCAGCAGACCCAGCUGAUGAGGGUCUCGACGAGAUCACCAUGCCAGGUGGCUUCAAGCUCGGCCUGAGCAACCACGAGGUGAUCGAUCUGGACGGGGACAGCUCAGAGGCAGGGGACCCGCAGCCAGCUCCGCAGCAGCCGCCCAGCCAUCCGUACUCUGUCGUCCACGCCAGCUUGAGGCUCGUCGACCACAUGGAGGGCUACGCAGAGCUGUGGAUGAACAUGGUCGACCAAGAGGUCUGGGACGACAUGGGCGACUGGAUGGAGCACUGCGUACCGUACCUCUUGGCCAUCACCAAUGUGGGUGGCAGAACGGACACGCAAGAGCAGACCAGGGCCGUCACCGUGCAGGAGAUCCAGCAGAUAAAGGACUUCUGCGAAGAAGUCUGGCGCAACACGCACCGCACGCGACGGAGGCUCAUGACCAGGAUGCUUACCCUCCCGCAUGGCACAUGGCAGCAGGCAGCUAGAGUGCACAUGGACGCCUUCCACAACAGUAGGAACAACAUCAUAGCGCACAGCAUCCCCAGCAGUGAGCGCAGGCCGCUGCCGCGAACAGCGGAGGCCAGCCGAGAGUGGUCACCAGAGAACCUGGACGAUGAUGACUCGACCCCAGACAGUGAAGCCCCAGAGCUGGAGGGCGAGCCGAGCAGCCAGGAGAUGGAGACCAUGGCGGGGCCUGAUCAGAGGCACGACGCCAACAGCCUGAUGCAGACGGCAGUGCAGGUGGCAGUAACGCUGACCAAGCCAGUGGGGCCCGACCUGAUGAAGUUCGUGAGCGAAGCUGACGAGGCCGGCUUGCUCCACCCAAGGCUUCGACACAACAAAGGAGAAGCCGACCAGGACCCCGAGCAGGAGGUGGCGUGGCUCGAGAGGAACAGGCUCGAGCAGCUCAUGCAGUCGCUGGCAGGCUGUUGGAGCCAGAAAGAGGGCGAGCUGGGCUGGCCAUCGUGGCAGGCUGCGUGCGUGCCCCAUGUGAUGAGGGCGCUGCAGACUGGAGUCUAUCAGAGGCUUUUCAGCCACGAGUCAGGGACGAUCCGCCAGCGCAGCCAGCGCCGAGCGGCGGAGGAGAUCUGCCGCCUGGCAUGGCUCAACAGCGGAGAGGAGCGUAGACAGAUCCAGCAGCAGGACCCGAAGGAGGCAGAGCGGCGCAGAGCAACGGCUGAGCAGAUCCCGG